AUGUUGGACGGUUCGCAGGUGGUUCUAGGUGGCCCUACUCCCGGUGGCUUGCAGUCGCUCCCUGUCCCGGCUUUGGAGCGCCAUCGGUCCUUCUGUCGCGAUGCGGAGGGCUGGGGUCCCUUUGGCCCUACUGGCUUUCAUCUGACUCCAUGCUUUCAAGAUGCUAUCAUUGGUGUCUUGGCCAUCUGGGGAACCCUCGCCGGCGCUGCUGCACUCUGGCUGCUACUGAAGAGGCGCAUUCCGCAGCCGGUCGCUAAGAAUUGGCACUUCUACCUCAAACUGGUUGUUGUUGGAUCUCUUAUCUUUGUCACCGCAUUCCAGGCAGCUCUGCAAGCCGAAUCUCACCCAAAGAAUUUCUGGGCCGAUUUCCAAUUCUGGUCCACGAUAACGACUGUGGCCUCCCUUGGGGUGAUAUUUGCAGUCCAGUACCUUGAGCACUGGCGAAGCAGACAGCCGAAUGGUGUCGUCUUGUUCUAUUGGCUUUUCUUUAUGAUCGCUUACGCCAUCAAGCUGCAGGCCCUCGUUGCUCGCCAGGACUACGUGACUGAUCUCGUCUAUUUCGUGUGCAUCAACGUGAGCCUAGGAUUGGCCGUGCUGGAAUUCAUCUUGGAAUAUCUAGUGCCAAAAAAACAGAGUGCUUAUGAUGCUUUGGGCGAUGAAGACGAGUGCCCAUACAAUUACGCGGAUAUUUUCUCGGUGCUCACUUUCAGCUGGAUGACCCCGAUGAUGAAAUAUGGGUAUAACAAUUAUCUCACUCAGGAUGAUCUGUGGAAUCUGCGGCGUAGCGAUACCACCAGCCAUACUUCAGACCGUCUAACCAUGGCCUGGGAAGAGCAAUUGAAGAAGAAACAGCCAUCUCUUUGGAUUGCCCUCUUCAAGGCGUUCGGCGGUCCCUAUCUUUCGGGGGCCCUCAUUAAAUCUGGAAGUGAUAUACUCGCUUUCGUGCAGCCCCAACUUUUGCGGUAUCUGAUUGCGUUCAUCGAUUCAUACCGCGGUCCGGAGCCCCAGCCGGUCAUCCGUGGUGUUUUCAUUGCCUUCGGAAUGUUCUUCACGUCCAUUUGCCAGACUAGCUGCCUCCACCAAUACUUUCAGCGAGCCUUCGAUGCUGGUAUGCGAGUCAAAGCUUCCCUGACAGCUAUGAUAUAUUCAAAGGCUCUCCGUCUAUCCAGCGAGGGCCGUUCCACGAAAACGACGGGAGAUAUUGUGAACCACAUGGCCGUUGAUCAACAACGCCUGACGGAUCUGACGCAAUUCGGCGUUCAGCUAGUCUCUGCGCCCUUCCAGAUCGUCUUGUGUAUGAUUUCCCUCUAUAAUCUUCUCGGACCCAGUAUGUUUGCUGGUGUCGGUGUCAUGAUCUUUAUGAUCCCGGUGAACGGUAUGAUCGCACGAAUGAUGAAGAAGCUCCAGGUUGUUCAAAUGCAGAACAAGGACUCGAGAACCCGCCUUAUGACCGAAAUUCUGAAUAACAUGAAGAGCAUCAAGCUCUACGCCUGGAACACGGCGUUCAUGAACAAGCUUAGCCACAUCAGAAAUGAUUUGGAAUUGAACACGCUGCGCAAGAUUGGUGCCACCCAGUCUGUUGCUAAUUUCACCUGGCAAUCAACUCCUUUCCUUGUGUCUUGCUCAACAUUCAUCGUUUUCGUGUUGAUCAGCAAGGUCCCAUUAACCACCGAGAUUGUCUUCCCUGCUCUGACUCUGUUCAACCUGCUGAGCUUCCCACUUUCGAUCCUGCCCACGGUCAUCACUUCAAUUAUUGAAUCCGCCGUGGCUGUCAACCGGUUGACAGAGUACUUCACCUCCGAAGAAUUGCAAACAGAAGCUGUUCAAUUCGAACCUGCGGUUGAACACACGGGAGAUGAGUCUGUUCUUUUGCGUGAUGCUUCUUUCACCUGGAAUCGCUAUUCUGGAAACCCUGUUCUGGAGAGAAUCGACCUCAGCGCGCGCAAGGGCGAGCUGAGCUGUAUUGUCGGCCGUGUAGGCGCCGGCAAGUCCUCUCUGCUCCAGUCGAUCCUUGGCGAACUUUGGAAGGAGCACGGCGAGGUGAUUGUCCGAGGCCGUAUCGCCUACGUAGCCCAAAGUCCUUGGGUGAUGAAUGCAAGCGUUCGAGAGAACAUCGUUUUUGGUCAUCGAUGGGAUCCAGAAUUCUACGACCUUACUGUUGAGGCCUGUGCUCUCCUCGAUGAUUUUAAGACUCUGCCUGAUGGAGAUCAAACGGAAGUUGGAGAGCGAGGAAUUUCCCUUUCUGGUGGACAGAAGGCCCGUUUGACUCUCGCUCGCGCGGUCUAUGCUCGCGCUGACAUCUAUCUCUUGGACGACGUCCUGUCGGCUGUCGAUCAACACGUCGGCCGUCACAUUAUCAACAAGGUUCUUGGGAAGUCUGGUAUCCUCAACGGUAAGACAAGAAUUCUUGCCACCAACGCGAUCACCGUCCUCAAGGAAGCCGACUUUAUCGGUUUGCUGCGCGACAAGAGUAUUCUGGAGAAAGGGACGUACGAGCAGCUCAUGGCCAUGAAGGGCGAGGUUUUUAGCUUGGUCCGUAACAACCUGGCCGACUCGGACGAUGAGCGUUCUCUCAUCGGGUCUGAUGACCAGCAAGGCUCGGACGACACGGCUGUUCUUGGAAAUGAUGAUGAUACCGACGCCAGCGAAGACAUUGACGAGCCUGGUUCUCUUGUCCCCAUCAAACGUGCCAGUGGUCCUAAUCGAAGAACCAGCCACGCGACUUUGCGCCGAGCUAGUACUGCGACAUGGCAAGGUCCUCGGCGGAAAUUGGUUGAUGAAGAGAAUGCCAUCAAAACGAAACAAACACAGGAGACAUCGCAGCAGGGCAAGGUCAAAUGGAGCGUGUACGGGGAAUAUGCGAAGGAAAGCAAUAUCACUGCAGUUGUUUUCUAUAUGCUUGCGUUGAUCGCAUCACAGACUGUGCAAUUGCUGGCCAAUGAGAGAAGUGGCACCAAUGAAAGCGUUGGCUUGUUCAUCGGAGUAUACUUUGGGCUUGGCAUUGGGUCUGCCUUCCUGGUUAUUAUUCAGAAUUUGAUCCUCUGGAUCUUCUGCUCUAUUGAGGCCUCUAGAAAACUCCACGAGCGCAUGGCAUUUGCCAUCUUCCGCUCCCCCAUGAACUUCUUCGAGACAACGCCCUCUGGUCGUAUCCUCAAUCGAUUCUCGAGCGAUAUCUACCGAGUUGACGAAGUCCUUGCCCGUACGUUCAAUAUGCUCUUCAGCAAUACUGGCCGUGCUGUGUUUACCAUGAUCGUUAUUUCGUCCUCCACCCCUGCCUUCUUGCUCUUUAUCCUUCCCCUGAGCUACAUCUAUCUUAGCUACCAGAAGUACUACCUGAGAAGCUCCCGCGAGCUUAAGCGUCUGGACAGUGUGACCCGCAGUCCUAUCUAUGCUCACUUUCAAGAAUCCCUGGGGGGCAUCUCGACCAUCCGCGCUUAUCAGAAGCAGGAGCGCUUCGCUCUCGAGAACGAAUACCGCAUGGAUGCCAACCUGCGCGCCUACUUCCCAUCCAUCAGUGCUAACCGCUGGCUCGCAGUCAGACUCGAGUUCAUCGGUUCCCUGAUCAUUUUGGCUUCGGCAGGCCUUGCCAUCGUCUCUGUCUCAACCGGAAGUGGCCUUUCGGCCGGUAUGGUCGGUCUGGCCAUGUCAUAUGCCCUUCAGAUCACCAACUCUCUCAACUGGAUUGUUCGUCAGACAGUCGAGGUGGAGACUAAUAUCGUCUCGGUUGAGCGAGUUCUGGAGUACGCCAACCUUCCCAGUGAGGCACCGGAAGUUAUCUUCAAGAGCCGACCUACUGCUGGUUGGCCUGGCCAGGGUGCUGUCUCAUUCAAGGACUACAGUACCCGAUACCGCGAGGGCCUUGAUCUGGUGCUGAAGGAUAUCAACCUUGAUAUUAAACCCCACGAGAAGAUCGGCGUGGUUGGGCGUACUGGUGCUGGAAAGAGUUCGUUGACAUUAGCUCUUUUCCGCAUUAUUGAGCCCGUCGGUGGACAGAUCAGUAUCGAUAAUCUCGACAUCUCGAAGAUUGGAGUGUCAGAUCUCCGUGGUCGCCUUGCCAUCAUUCCUCAAGAUCCGGCUAUGUUCGAAGGCACUAUGCGUGAUAACUUGGAUCCCCGACAUGUUCAUGAUGACACCGCACUAUGGAGUGCCCUGGACAAUGCCCGCUUGAAAGAUCACGUCGCUCAGAUGGAAGGCCAACUUGAUGCUCAAGUCCAAGAAGGAGGCUCCAACCUGAGUCAAGGCCAACGUCAGCUGGUCUCACUCGCUCGGGCCCUCCUGACUCCCAGCAAUAUCCUUGUCUUGGACGAGGCAACGGCUGCGGUUGAUGUGGAGACCGACGCAUUGCUUCAGCGGACGCUACGCAGCAGUACCUUCAAAGACCGCACUAUUAUUACGAUUGCGCACCGCAUCAACACCAUCAUCGAUUCCGAUCGAAUCGUCGUCCUUGACAAGGGCCGGGUGGUGGAGUUUGACACCCCCGCUGCGCUGAUCAAGCAAGGCGGCAAGUUUUACGAACUUGCCAAGGAGGCCAACUUACUGGACGGUGAUGGCUUCUCCAGUUCCGCGCAAUAG